AUGGACUCCCUUCCACUAGAGACGCUGCAGCACAUCUUCGAAUUCGCUUGCGCCGACGGAGGGUUCACCGGCAACUCUCUAUCGCUUACUUCCAAGCAGAUACGCGCCGCUGCGCGUCGCAGCCGCUUUCACAUUCUGCGUCUCUCCGACUCGAGCGACACUUUCCGGCAAUUCGUCGCGUUCUUCGAGCGCGAAUGUAACAGCUUUGGGCACGACGAGAGGCCACACGUUCGUCAUCUAUUCUUGACGCUGACCUCUCUCCCAACCGAGGCCGUCAACGUCGCGCAGGCCCUGCAGGCCCUUCGACAAUCCCGGGGAUCUACAACGAGUUCCCAAGCUAUUCAGUCGUCUAACGACCCCACGCCGCAGCAGGAGACUCCAGCGGUGCCGCCUCUCCGAUCUCGCGAGCAGGCCGUGCAGGAGCUCGUCCGACUUGUCGCGCCGGACCUGUGGACUCUUGUCAUCGACGCAGUCCCUGACGGCUGGCGAGACCAUAUCCGAUACCCCACUCUUGAAUACAAAUUUCCGCUCGUGCGCCAAGUGACCUUCAUAGGGGUACCAUGGCCCACCGAUCUCCUGGAUCCCAAAAGAAAACGGUCGCCGGUCUUCCCCGUCGCGACGCACCUCUAUCUCAGCUCCCACCUGUAUAGAAACGACCUCCAGCUAUCUGCAUGGUCUGUUAUCGCACCCCGCAUCACGCACCUGCGUAUCUCCGGCAUCGUACACCAGUACCAAGUCAAGCAGAUCGCAGACGCCGUCGGGGUGUCUGUGUCAGUGAGCACUGCGCCCGGCUCCGCUGUGUUGUCGAGCGCAUCCUCCUCGGGGCAGCGUGGGCCUCCCUCGCCUCGGACACGCCCCAGCAUACGCUACCUCAUCACGGAGCCGAUGCAGAAGCUUCCGGGUACACUUGCGUCCCACAGGAUUGUGGAAGAGGAGGUGGAGCGUGGCCUGAGGGAUGUUGCGCGUGGAUGUCGCCAUCCGGACAUCGGCAUCCAGGUUGUGCUGCUUGCAAAGCCUAAGGUUCAUGAACUGCGAGAUGUCCUCGCCUCAAACCCACACGGUGCUGAGCGGCAGCUUCUCCGAGCCAAGGAAGGAAUCAGACAUCGUGGUGAACAGCCACCACGUGCGGUAGCACUCAGCGAUGCAAACGACGCCGACGCUGGGGACAUCGAGCUUUUACCUGUAACGAUCGGCACUACCAACGGAGCUCAGGGUGUAUCUUCCGUCGUUGACACGACCCUCCGAGUCGCGGAUCCCGAGCGCGGCUCGACGGUCUCGCAGAGUCCAUCUGCCCAGGCCUACACGGAGUUUGGCCAGACUUUGGCAGCACCGGACCCCGCCUUGGCCGCCGUGCACAAGAGGAAGAGCUUGGUUCAUUUCGCUGCGUUGUGUGGAUGUCUGUUCGUGAACGGGUGGAACGACGCCACGACGGGGCCGAUGCUCCCCCGGGUUCAAGAGAAGUACGGGCUCGGAUUCGCUAUCGUCUCCCUCAUAUUCGUGUUUGGGGCGGUCGGCUUCCUUAGCGGAGCGUUUGUGAACGUUUAUCUCACCGACCGGCUCGGCUUUGGGAAGGUCUUGUUUCUAGGUUCUCUCUGUCAAAUCGGUGCAUACGCCGUGCUCGCCCCAGCGGGCCCCUUCCCCCUGAUAUGUUUCGGGUACCUCGUCAUCGGGGUUAUGCUCGCGAUCCAAGCUGCACAGGCGACCGGGUAUGUCGCCAGCCUGAAAAAGGACUCAAACGCCAAGAUGGGCUACUUGCAUGGCAGCUACGGGUUGGGUGCACUGCUUUCGCCCCUCGUCGCUACGGAAUUCGCCAAGAGCCCAAAGUUCUGGGCGUUCCACUACAUCAUAUCUGCUGGUCUGUAUGUUGUGAACACGGCGGUGUUGUGGUACGUGUUCCGGGGCAAGAGACAGGAGGAAAUCAUGGCGGACGAGGGAGAGAGCAGCAGCGACUCGGACGGCGUUGGCUCCAACAAAUUCAACCAAAUGAUCAGGAACAAAGAUGUUCACUUCCUGUCAUUCUUCGCCUUGAUUUACGUCGGAGUCGAAGUCACUAUGGGGGGCUGGAGCGUAACCUACAUCCUGGAGCAACGCCAUGGCAGCUCCAAUGCAGGAUACAUAUCUUCUGGAUUCUUUGGCGGUAUCAUGCUCGGGCGGGUACUCUUACUGUGGUUCAACACGAAGAUCGGAGAGCGACGGGCGCUCUUCCUUUACGCUGCCCUUGUCAUCGGCCUCGAGGUCACAGUCUGGGUCGUCCCGUCGCUCAUCGAGAACGCCGUGGCCGUCGCGCUCGUCGGCCUCUUCCUCGAGCCCAUGUUCCCCAUCCUGAUGAACCACUCCACGACCAUCCUCCCCCGCUGGCUCCUCACCGCGUGUGCAGGGUACAUCGCUGGGGCGGGCCAGGCGGGGUCCGCGGUGCUGCCGUUCAUCACAGGGCUGCUCGCGUCCAAGUUUGGGAUUACGACCUUGCCGCCCUUCGUGGUCUCGAUGAUGUCGACGCUUCUGGUUCUGUGGGCUGUGAUUCCCCGUGCACGCUACGUGCCGACGUAG